AUGUCACAUGCUUACGAUCCCAUAAAUACCUCUCCCCAAAUCGAAUUGACCAGUCCCACAUCCACCAGCACACUCCGUCCCUCUCCACCCACCCAAACCUCCAGUAGUAAUCUUGCCCACUCCAACAGCGCCGCCACCUUACUUCCUCACGAGCAAAAUUAUUCACAUUUCGAAAGUCAUUUUCAUAAACCCGAACAAUCCUUUACCACCGUGCCUUAUAAAUCCAAGACCGGAAAACAGUUUUGGCAUAUCUUGUUGAAAAGCUUGGCACGAUGGCUGAUUACGCUUGUAUUGUGUAUUGCUUAUUUACUGGCGUUGAGGUAUUGGAAUAAGAAGGGUACGGUGACGGAAAGUUCCAAGAGAAUUUUCAAUGCGAUUACCACGGGCAUUAGUAUUGCUCUGGGCAUCAAUAUUGCUACUUCGUUGAAAGAUAUGGCGUUGAAUGCGCGUUGGGCAAUUUUACAUGCUAGGAAGAGAAAUCUUUAUGAACUUGAUCUUACUUUACACGCGGAUAGUUUGAUGGGUCUUGGAAAACUGGCGUUUGUUUCCAAGAGACCGUUGGUUUUCGGUAUGGCUAUUUCGUGGUUGAUAUUCAAUAUCUUUGUACAAGCAGCUAUUGCAGCUAUCAGUCUAACAUAUGGUUUCGAUACCAGCACAGAGAGUUAUCUAUUCACACCCGGCAAUGUUAUAAUUCCAAAUAUGAGACAUUUCUCCAAUACCACCAACCCUCAAUUUGAAGAUGAAGAAUACACAGCUCACGCUUAUGGGGGUUUAGCUUGGAAUCUCGGAAUCGGCAGCUCGAUUGACGACCUUCCAGCCCAAGGAGACAUCUACCAAGGACUCACUAGCAACUAUAGCAUAUGGCAAGACCAACUUAACAACAAAAUGGUCUUCGUAUUCACCGAAUCUUCUUCUUCUGCAUCCACCCAGAAAACCGGUUCAUUAAGCGUCUACACCAAGCGAACUCUCGAAAUGAAUUACUCCUGUUCCUCCUACAAAGUCACACACUUCAACGACACAACCGGCUAUCUCAACACCAGCAACCCGGACAUCAAUCCCAUCUAUAUAAGUUCCUGGGCUCCCAACGCCACCACCUUCUUCACCGAAGGCGACUAUCUCUGUCCGGACACUCCCCGCUGUUCCGUAAUUCAAGCCCUCGAAACCAGCGACAUCAACACGCAAUGGUACUACAGCUGCAACAUCACCCUCUCCAAAACCCUCCACGACGAGAAAAACAUCUCCUACAUCAGCGACGCCAUGUCGUGGGUCUCCGCCGCCGCCAUCGCAAACACCGGAUACACCUACGAUACGAACUACCAACAAACCUCAUCGUACCCGCAGAAAACCAUUUGGGGCACCCCCAUGCACGGUAACUCCUCUCUGAUCGGUUCUCAAAUCACCGCGUUCGGACUGACCUCGCUCUCCCUCGCCGCCGCCUUCAACCCCUCUUCCUCCUACCAAGGACUCGAGCCGCACACGGGCUUCGCCCUCGGCAUAAACCAUACGUAUUUUUUCCUGCUGAUCGUAUUUCUUAUCCCCCUGGUGCAGUUUGUCAUGUGUUUCGUGGUCGCCGUGUGGAGUAAUUCCGUGCAGGUGGGGGAUGAUGCGUAUAUAGGGAUGAGUUUGCUGUUGCGACCAAUUGCGGAUGCGCUUUUUGGGGUGAGCGGGGGAGUGGAUAAUAGGGCGUUUAGGGAGGCGAAGAAGAGGGUCUUGGUGAGGUAUGAGAGGGGGGUGGAUGGGAGGUGGGGAUUUGCGAUGAGUUGA